ACUAGGCCAGAUCGAUUUUUGAGAGAGGUCCUUCAUCUUCGAAGAUCAAAUUUAUACAAACGGCCCGACGCACCGACACGCGAACAAAAAUGCGUCUUGGAUGUGUUGGUGCGUUCACAGGCCUGCGUUCGCGAGUCGAAAUCCCGGGGAAGGCGAAAAGUACCACAUUUUCUCAAAACUGGCACUAUGGUAUGGCGCGAAAAAGGCAUCAAAUCGGUUCCGAGUCCAAUCGGUGCGGUUUUGUUAAAGAGCCCCUUAAACAGCCAGUUUCGUGAGCCUGCCAUGCAAAGUGGCCGGAUAGCAGCCGGUUAAGCAUUAACUGGCCACCUUGUGUAUGUUUUGUUAGCGGAAAAACAGACGCUGAAACCGCCGGCCGCAUCAACCUGAAUUAAAGUGAUUUUCCUCUGUAAAAAUUAUGUUUGAACGUUAUUUAAGUGCAUUACAAUAUCCCCGAGUAGGGCAACUAAAUAUUGAUGACCCGAAAGACUUCCGCAGCUUCAUCCUGUGGCUGGAGGAUCAAAAGAUUCGACUAUAUCCCAUCGAAGGCCGAGAACCACUACGGAAGAUAAACGCACAGGAUGAAUGGGACACGGCGUACGAGAAAUACAAAAAGGACAUUCGCUUGCCGGGCCACCUGAAGACGAAACAGGAGAUUCUGGCCUGGUUGCUGCUGUACGCGAUCCGCCUGGAAUACACCGACAAUGCAGAAAAGUACCGUACGAUUAGUGGGGCCAAAAAACAGGAGGAAGAAUCGAAGAAAACUAGCGUGCCGGAAAUCCAAUCAACCAACCCGUUCGAUACGUACGACUUCACGCACGCGGACUUUGAGGAAGGCUCGUGGAAGCUUGCCGAACGAUUAGGCAUCACACACCAUCCGGAUCAUCUGGUUUCACUGCAAGCUGCUGCCAAGGUGAUCACCACAUCGUACAACAAGGAAGCUCUCAAGGAACCGGUCGUUACCGGACAACCAUUUCCGAUCGAUGAGGGGCACGGGAUGGGAUUCGAAAAGGAUAACGAUCUAGAGCGAGGGGCCCGAAUCCUGCGGCUGUUGCAAAUACAGCACGUCCGCAAACUGCAAACCACCAUCAACGAAACGAUUGUGGCCGCACAAAACCUCACUGCCGAUCCGCGAACCGACACAAAGCUAGGUAAGGUAGGGAAUAAACCGUGA